GGCGCUCAUAAAAUGGAACAUCAUGGUAGAAGUACAAUUUUAAAUUGCCUUGCCGUUGGCAGGCACUGCUAGUUUUAGGACAAUAAACUGCGACCACAGUAAAUGAGCAAAUACCUCUGCUGGGUUUCGGUAAUAAUAAUCUUACGUAUCUUUCAAACUAACAAAAUUCCUCACAUUACUUACUGUUGAUGAGCAUUCGAAUUUAAACUUUCUUCAGGAAAUUGUAGCCAUUUGACUCUGAGAAAUCAGCACUUCACCUACCUUCUGAGUUUAGUGCUUCAAAAGAAUUAAUGACUUUUCGCAUUUUGGCUUUUCUAACUUUUCAAGCAUCUGCAAAAGUAAUGCUGAAAUAUAAUUCUGGUUGAGAAAUCCUGGUUGAUCUAAACUAAUUAUCAACGGCUUAUCUACCAUCUGAUUCUUCAAAAAUUCACUGAAAAAUAACUUGUAUUGAUGGUUCUUAAAGUUGAACGCAGUUCAUAAAUAAUUAUCGCGCUACUUAACUUUGAAAGCAGACCAUUCAUGACCUGAUAUUGCCCAAGAACUCCUUCAUAUCUGUUUAAGCAAAACAGUAUUAGAAAGCAACAGAAAUCUAAUUACUUUCUACAGUAUUAGAAAGCAACAACAAUCGAAUUACCUUCUACAGUAUCAGAAAACAACAACAAUCGAAUUACCUUCUACAGUAUUAGAAAGCAACAACAAUCUAAUUACCUUCUUGGACAUAAAUGGACAAUGAUAGGAAGAUAUUCCAACCUUGAAGUCCUUUAUAUAUAUUCAUGCAACAUGGUGGUAAAAAGAUAAACGUAUGCAUAAAAGCCUGCCAUUAUCUAUUUCCCGUUCUGAUAUGAAUGCAUUGUUUUAGAAAGUACUGCUGAUGUCUGUUCCAGUUGCCGAAGCUUGUUCAAUUCGUCGAAGUCUGUUAAAGUACUGUAUGAUAUUCUUUUCCUGAACUAUUAUCAUCUUUUGGUAUCCCUAAAUCUCCAGGUUCAGCUCAGAAAAAUAUCUGAAGUAAGGAAAAACAAGCGUAAUUAAAAUUAUAACAAAGAAACUAUUGGUCAAAGAAGAUGUUAUGCUAUAGAAGAUUGCUUUUUUGGAUGGUAGAUAAUUAAUGAUUUGAUUUUCAAGCUUUUCAACUAUUGCAAAACUGUUAUAACAUCGUUUUGCAUACCUGUAUGAGAAAUCAAUUCGCUUAUUUUGAGUUGUCAUUUGAAAGCAACUUAAAAUAGUUGAUUUUUUACAUUAGCGAUACAUCUAUUAUGAACUUUUAAUUUAGUAAGAAGAUCAUUUUGGUGUGCAUUUGAACAAUUGCAGCUAACGUUCUUCAGCAAACUUAAACGGAGUCGAAUAUGUCUUACAGUUUUUAAAAGAAUGGUAAUAUAUUCUUUCAACUACACACGACUCAUAUUUUAAAACUGUGUAACUACUAACUUUUUGUGUUCAUAGGAACAUGACUCAGAAGAUGAAUGUAACAAGACAUUUCACUUCACACUGUUAAACUUUCGUGAAGCUGCAAAGAGGAAGUUAUUAUUGCUUUCCUGAAAUUAGAACAGUAACAAAUUGCAGCAAAAAACAAUGCACUUGCAUUUCUUGGACUUGAAAACUUCUGUCAGUUUCUUCUAAUUUCAAGUUCCCUGUUCAAACGUCAAGCUGUUUUCAUCACCAUCGGCCACUUGCCUGCUUCUAAGGAGUCCCGAUGUGAUCCGAUGCUCCGGAAGGUGGGGAGCCUCACAGAGGAUGGAAAAAAAGGAUCGGCUAUUGGACAUCCCGUGUAGAGUCUGCGGAGACAGAAGUUCAGGCAAACAUUACGGAAUCUACAGUUGCGACGGUUGCUCCGGUUUCUUCAAGCGCAGCAUUCAUAGAAAUAGAGUAUACACCUGCAAAGCUCAAGGUGAUUUAAAGGGCAAGUGUCCUAUAGAUAAGACCCAUAGGAAUCAGUGCAGGGCUUGCAGACUCAGGAAGUGCUUCGAGGCGUGCAUGAACAAAGACGCGGUCCAGCACGAAAGAGGACCUCGCAAACCAAAAUUCAAGGACACAUCCGAUCCUCACGGAUCUAUCAAAGCAAACCACCACCACCACCACCCUAUUCAACUUGGACAUCCUCUUACUCACCACCGACUGAGCACACCAACAGCCCAUCACCACACCACCAGACCUACACCGCCAAGCUGGCAUUCGACAUGUCGAAGUUACCCUCUUCUCUGGCAGCUGCAGCUGCUGCUGCCGCGGCCGCAGCGGGCACACCCGGACGGCGGCCUUUUCGGAUCUCCACCGCCCCAGCAGGCGCCAGGCAAAGACCCAGCAUCUUCCGCUGCUGCAGCGGCAUUUCUCGGCGCCUCGUCCGCAGGGCUCCUCCAGAUGUUGCUCAACGCCGAAAAGUCCCAAGAGUUGAUAUGGAACAGCGUUAAACUCAAUCCCCUGGGGGGAGGGGUGGUAGCCCUUGGAAGCGGCAGCCCACUUUCUAAAUUAGGUGACCACCCCCACUUUCCAAGCUUCUCAUCCAUGCCGCCACCGCCCCAUCCUCUAUGCCCACAGCUCAUGUCUCCGACAUCGGAAGCUAGUGGCAACGGGGGUAGGGGCGGCGCGGGACUUCUAAGUUUCGGGGGUCACGUGGCGUCUAAUAGAGAGUCGGUACAAGAGAUUACAGCCAGGCUGCUGUUUAUGGUGAUCAGGUGGGUCAAGUGUCUGCCAACAUUCCAGACUCUCUCCAAGACUGACCAGGUGAUACUCCUCGAAGAAUCUUGGAAGGACUUAUACUUACUGAACAUGGCACAAUGGUCUGUGACUCUGGACCUUCUGGGUACUUUGCCGAGGCCGCCUCUGGCCUUGACCAGAGCGUCUACAGAACAAAAGAAUGAGGAGACUGCACAUAUGGUGGACAUGCAUUACGUCCAGGAGGUUAUGAGGAGGUUUCGUCAGCUCUCGCCAGAUGCCACUGAAUGCAGCUGCUUGAAAGCUAUUGUCCUCUUCAGACCUGAAACCGUUGGUUUGUGUGACGUGCAUCCGGUUGAAAUGCUGCAAGACCAGGCCCAGUGCAUCCUUGGUGACUAUGUUCGUCAUAAAUACCCACGACAACCUACGCGGUUCGGCAGGUUGCUGCUACUCAUCCCUUGUCUACGAGCUGUUAGCCCCCAAGCUGUUGAGAAACUUUUCUUCAAGGACACCAUAGGAGACAUACCUAUUGAAAGACUCAUUGGAGACAUGUAUCACAUGGAACGAUUAGAAUGAAGAGAGUUAACUGUAAAGAAGAAUAAGAAAACAUUAAGAAAUAUGAGUUAUUAAAUAAAAAGAAGCGGAACUUAUCGACGAUGUAACAUGAGAUUGGCAUGGAAUUGAAAGACAACCAACCUUUUCAAAAAUGUUACUUAUAUGUCUGUUACCCUGCUAAGACCUAAGACAUAAAUGUACUUUACAUCGUAAAUGAUUUUUAAAUAAAUGUACAGUGUUCU